UUUGUCAGUUCUUGACGGACUGUGGUGAAGUAACCGCUGCUUAAGAAACCGUACGACACACCAAAAACCCGCGAUGAUUCAAAAGUAAACGAAAGACGAUUUUCGAAAAUGAGACACAAAAAAUUCGUGGGAGGAUUGUGUGGUAUUUAGUAGUUUAUUAUUUUAAAUAGUGUAGUUGUUAUUUGCGAAAUUGUUUAGAAUUAUUGCACUUUGGAGAAAGGAGGAUACUCUUUGCAUAAUAACACACAGGACAUCGGAUACAAGCCUGCGUCACAAAAAUGACUUCAAAUGGAAUCCGAAAUGACGCUUAUAGUGACGACAAUCUAUCAGAUGACGAAAGCGCUCCUUUGACAGAAAAUAUUUAUAGCGGAAGCACAAGAACAGUCCAAGAAACGAAAGGAUGGGACGUGUUCCGGGAUCCCCCGACCAAAGAGAUGUCGGGCUCUAUGGCCAACCAAAAAUGUCUAGAAAUAUCUGUGAAAAUACUGAAAGUCGUAGCAUAUUUAAUAACGUUCAUCAUAGUUUUAGGAUCUGGAGUGAUAGCGAUAGGGACUCUUCUAUUUAUGACAUCACAACUUAGGGUAGAUAAAGUAGUUGAAUAUUGUAAUAAAGACUUAGGUAGGGAAAAACAAUUUGUAGUCAAAUUACCGACCCCCGAACGGGUGGUAUGGAUGUGGUGCCUCUUCUUUGCCUUCUGCAUCCCACAGCUCGGGGCUCUGUUCCGAUCCACCAGAAUGUGUUAUUUUAAAUCAUCGAAGAAACCGCAUUUUGCACAUUUCCUUAUUGUUUUCCUAAUGGAGACUGCUCAUACCAUAGGCAUAGCGAUAUUAGUUUUUCACAUACUGCCGGAGAUAGACGUAGUGAAAGGAGCCAUGCUGACAAACUGCCUUUGCUUUGUACCUGCUGUGUUAGGUUUAUUGUCUAGAAAUAACAAAGAAUCUCAACGAUACAUAAAAGUAAUCAUAGAUCUCAUCGCGAUAGCUGCCCAAGCGACAGGUUUCAUCGUGUGGCCAAUCAUGGAAGGAAGACCAGAUUUAUGGAUUAUCCCCGUCACAUUAUUUUUAAUUUCUCUUGGUUGGUGGGAAAACUAUAUAUCCAAAUACACACCAAUUCCGUUUAUCAAAAAAUUGGGUAGACUGAGAGAGCAAUUCGAUCAAUCGAGAUAUUUCAACUAUAUGUUUAUAUCCAUUUGGAAGAUUAUAUGCUUCUUGAUUACCAUUUUGUUCGUCAUCUUAGCGAGAGAAGGUGAAGUUGGAUUCUUCUUUACGGAGUUUUCGGAAGGAUGGGGAUCACAUCCCAUUACAAUUUUAGAGAUUAAACCAUUUCUGGGAGGCACAUCACUUCCAGACAUUUCAGAAAUCAUACCUACAGGAGACGAUGUCGUAAUUCAAUCCAGCGAUAAGACUCCUGUCUAUAUUCUCUUAAUAAACGUACUUGCAGCUUACUUAGCUUAUAUUUUUGGUAAAUUUGCCUGCAAAAUUAUGAUUCAAGGAUUUUCCUACGCUUUUCCUGUUAAUCUUACCAUCCCAGUAUCGAUUUCUCUAUUGAUAACAGCUUGUGGAUUGAGAAAUGGAGAUCCUUGCUUUUUCCAUGAAACUAUUCCCGAUUAUUUGUUCUUCGAAUUACCACCACCUGCUUUUCUAAACGACUUUAUUUCACAUCAACAUGCUUGGAUUUGGCUACUAUGGUUGUUGUCUCAGACGUGGAUUACUAUACACAUAUGGACUCCAAAAUGCGAACGUUUGGCAAGAACUGAAAAGUUGCAAGUUACUCCAAUGUACGACGCGUUCCUGAUUGAUAAGUGUUUGGGUUUGAACAGACGCAGGGAUGACGAAUCCGAUGUUAAGCCAGAAGAUCUUGACGAAAUUCAGAAAGAAAAAGCUGAUGAAUACUAUGAAACGAUUUCUAACCAUACUGAUGGAUCAUCGCCAAAACAUAUUAAAAGUUCCGAUAAUAUCACCAGGAUUUACGCAUGUGCCACUAUGUGGCAUGAGACUAAAGAUGAAAUGAUGGAGUUUUUAAAGUCGAUCUUGAGGCUUGAUGAAGAUCAGUCUGCCAGAAGAGUUGCUCAAAAGUAUUUGAGAGUUGUUGAUCCAGAUUAUUAUGAAUUUGAAACUCACAUUUUCUUCGACGACUCUUUCGAAAUCUCCGAUCACAACGAUGACGACACUCAAGUGAACCGAUUUGUGAAGCUUCUGAUUAACACGAUAGAUGAAGCAGCUUCUGAUGUACAUCAAACUCACAUUCGUAUCAGACCACCCAAGAAAAUUCCGACUCCUUACGGAGGUAGACUGAUUUGGUCUCUGCCUGGAAAAACCAAGAUGAUAGCACACUUGAAGAAUAAUUUAAAGAUUAGACACAGGAAGAGAUGGUCACAGGUUAUGUACAUGUACUACCUCCUUGGCCACAGACUCAUGGAAUUGCCAAUUUCCGUAGAUAGAAAAGCAACGAUAGCUGAAAAUACGUAUUUAUUGACUUUAGAUGGAGAUAUUGACUUCCAACCUUCGGCUGUGUUACUUUUAAUCGAUUUAAUGAAGAAGAAUAGGAAUCUAGGUGCAGCAUGUGGUCGUAUUCAUCCUGUAGGAUCCGGUCCGAUGGUAUGGUACCAGCUCUUCGAAUAUGCCAUUGGUCAUUGGCUGCAAAAAGCCACUGAACACGUUAUCGGCUGUGUAUUGUGUAGUCCUGGAUGUUUCUCCCUCUUCAGAGGAAAAGCUCUUAUGGAUGACAACGUUAUGAAGAAAUAUACCACCUGCUCUGCUGAAGCUAGACACUACGUACAAUACGAUCAAGGAGAAGAUCGAUGGCUAUGUACUCUCCUCCUCCAAAGAGGCUACAGAGUAGAAUAUUCAGCUGCCUCCGACGCUUACACCCAUGCUCCUGAAGGCUUCAACGAAUUUUUCAACCAACGACGUCGAUGGGUUCCCUCUACUAUCGCGAAUAUCAUGGAUUUACUUAUGGAUUCGAAGAAGACUAUUGAAGUGAACGACAACAUAUCUAUGCCCUACAUUGGAUAUCAGAUUCUUCUUAUGGGUGGUACCAUAUUAGGUCCUGGAACUAUAUUUCUUAUGUUGGUGGGUGCCUUCGUGGCUGCUUUCCAGAUUGACAAUUGGACUAGCUUUUAUUACAACAUUUGGCCCAUAUUAUUCUUCAUGUUCAUCUGUUUCACAUGCAAAUCUAAUAUACAGCUGAUAGUUGCCCAAAUACUCUCAACCGGAUACGCUCUAAUCAUGAUGGCUGUGAUAGUAGGUACUGCUCUGCAAUUGAGGGAGGAUGGUAUAGGCUCCCCAUCUGCCAUUUUCUUGAUUGCGAUGACGGGAUCGUUUAUGAUAGCUGCAUUCCUUCAUCCUCAGGAAUUUUGGUGUAUAGUUCCAGGAAUCAUAUAUCUGCUGUCCAUUCCAUCUAUGUACUUGCUGCUAAUUCUUUAUUCCAUUAUAAAUCUGAACAAUGUUUCCUGGGGCACACGUGAAGUACCGGUGAAAAAGACAAAGAAGGAAUUGGAAGAAGAAAGAAAAGCUGCAGAAGAAGCUAAGAAGCAUGCCAAACAAAAGUCUUUAUUAGGAUUCUUACAAAACGGAGGUACCAACGAUGACGAUGAAGGUAGUAUCGAAAUAUCUUUUGCCGGACUUUUCAGAUGUCUUUUAUGUACACAUCAGAAAGCAGGAGAUGAAAAAGCUCAACUCAUACAUAUUGCCGACUCAUUGGAUUCCUUAGGAAAGAGACUUGACCAUAUUGAAAAGGUUGUCGAUCCCUCGGGUCACCAUGCAAGAAGAAGGAGUAUGUCAUCUUCAUCUCGUCAUGGAGACCACUUGAAACCAGUUAAUGAAGAGGAAGAAGAGUCCACGGAUGAGUCAGAUGAUGACACCGCAUCCCUUACACCUAAAAAUAAAAGAGACGACUUACUGAACCCUUAUUGGAUAGAAGACCCGGACGUACUGAAAGGAGAAGUAGAAUAUCUGAGCAGUAACGAGUUGCAGUUCUGGAAAGACUUGUUGGAGAAGUAUCUGUAUCCUCUUGAUGAAAACAAGGAGGAGAAGGCCCGUAUAGCUGCUGACCUGAAGGAAUUGAGAGACCAAUCAGUUUUUGCUUUCUUUAUGCUGAAUGCCCUCUUUGUGUUAAUAGUAUUUUUGCUGACUUUGAAAAAAGACUACCUACACAUCAAAUGGCCCUUUGGAGUCCGCACUAACAUAACCUACGACGAAACAACACAAGAGGUACACAUCAGUAAAGAAUAUCUUCAAUUGGAACCGAUUGGUUUGGUGUUCGUGUUCUUCUUCGCUUUGAUCUUGGUCAUCCAAUUCGUUGCUAUGUUGUUCCAUAGAUUUGGUACGCUAGCACACAUACUGGCUUCAACUGAGCUCAACCUGUCUUGUACCAAAAAGAAAGAAGAGAUGUCUCCUAACGCUCUAUUGGAUAAACAAGCGGUAGAAAUUGUCAAACAACUACAGCGACUUCAAGGCAUCGAUGGAGAUUACGACAACGAUUCUGGCUCUGGCCCGGAUCGAAUAGGAAGAAGAAAGACUAUACACAAUAUAGAAAAAGCUGCACAGAAGAAGAGGCAAAUCGGAACGCUGGACGUUGCAUUUAAGAAGCGAUUCGCGAAACUCAACGCCAAUCCAGACGGAGGUACUCCUGUUCUUAGUCGUCGUAUGACCAUGCGUCGAGAAACGAUGAAAGCCUUAGAAGUGAGAAUCAAUUCCGUCAUGGCAGAACGCAGAAAAUCGCAUAUGCAAACCCUUGGCGCCAAGAACGAUUUCGGAACCAACAACAACGUGCAAAGAACUCAUAGAAGUAGCGUGGCCAGCAGUAUACCGGCAAAAGAAGUUUUCGAAAACGGUCACGUAAAUCAAGCAUUUGAAGAAGAGAUAUAUGGUAGUAGAAACUCUCUACCGAUGCACGCGAGAGGAAACAAUGUCAGUUGGAUGGGAAAUAAUAGUCGAAUGUGAAAAGGGGGCAAAAUUAACUGAGCUCUUUUAAUGUGUUCAUCAUAGAAUCAUUUCUUGAUUCUUAAACACAUAUUUUUCAUAUUAUGUGUAUGGUUAUUUUUAUUUAAAUUGAUAUGAACGCUCCUUAUUUGGAUAUUUUGUUUAGUUGAUAUUAUCUACAAGACUCAUCUUUCUUUUAUUUGCAUUGUUGUGCGAUUCACCAUUCUCAACAUAAAAAGGCGGUUCGAAAAGUGCUACUUAGUCUUUAAAAUAAAAACGAAAAUUUUGGAAAAGUGGCGAUUUAUUUCUCAACAUAGUCUUCUUUUAUUUCGAUACAUAAUGAUGCUCCAAUUUUUUUAACCUGUCUAAAAAAUUCGUUUUUACGAAAUCUGCAAAACAGGCUUCGUGGCGAAGAUGACCUCUUCAUUCGAUUUAAAUUUCUGUCCUGUGAAGGUCUUUAUCAAGUUUACAAACAAAAAGAAGUCGCACAGGGCCAAAUCUGGUGUUCCUUGGUCCUGUAGUGUCUACCAAUGGAUCCAUGUUUUGUCAGCAAUCACGAAACAACGCCGAAACUCUUUGGGGUUACGUUUAAACAGCGUCAAAUACGCAGGUUGCUCUGAAGUAGUUUCAGGUUUACGUUUGAGAAGUGAGCAAAUGCGGUGCAAAUCAUGUCGCUAGCUUUCUCAUGCCCAAAAUUUUACAUAGGAUAUAAUCUAUGAGAUUCCUACUGUCGCAACUACUUAGCGUACGUUUAAUCGGCGGUCUGUCAAUACGCGAUCGUGGAUUUUUGUCACGUUAUCCUCCGUGGUAGCCACUUUCGGGGCACCUGGACGUGGCUCAUCAAAAAACGACGUGCGACCACACUGAAAGUCAUCAAACCAAUGUAUAACUGAACAAAUUUAACUGAAAUCCUCUAGGUCACUUGCACCGCAUCAAUGAACGUCUGUCGUGUCUUCUCUUCGCGGUUGCAGAUAAAUAGGUUUUACUGUACUACGAUAGCAAAUUUCUCCUGCGAUAUCGCCAUCGGGCGGUGAGGUUAGUACUUAUCGGACCGCCGCCAUAUAAAACAUCCACAAAAGAUACCUAACGAAAUUACUAUAGAAUCUCAAUAACAAGACACAUUAAGGGAGCUCAACUAUCCAAAGGCACUCAUUAAUCGCUCUUACUCAAAGAAUAAAGCUCGAAACACAACGAAUAAUGAAGCGAAGUACGAAAACUCAAAGAAUUACCACAAAAUGUAUAUAUUAAAAGGUCAUACAAGGACGCGUUUCGGCUCUUCACGAGCCAUCACCAGCUUAAAAAUACAGGAACAAAGACAAAGGACUGACCAGACCAGGAAGGAGAAAGAAUCCACUAGUUUACAUUAUCUAUGGUUCUAUAGACUUCAUUAUUACAUAUAUCUUUUUAAGUUAUUUAAGAAAAUUUAAGAAAUUCUUGUAAGACUUUCACGUUGGGAGGAACCAUCUUGCGAACACUGUAAAUUUGUAAAACUUGUAAAACUAUCUGUAAAUUUUUAUAUUCUAAUUACAACAUAAUGUCUAUAUAACUUAAAAAGAUAUAAUAAUGAAGUCUAUAGAACCAUAGAUAAUGUAAACUAGUGGAUUCUUUCUCCUUCCUGGUCUGGUCAGUCCUUUGUCUUUGUUCCUGUAUUUUUAAGCUGAUGAUGGCUCGUGAAGAGCCGAAACGCGUCCUUGUAUGACCUUUUAAUAUAUACAUUUUGUGGUACUUCUUUGAGUUUUCGUACUUCGUUACCUCGAGACCACAAUUGGAAUGGAUACUUCUCUUCAUGAAUAAUGAAGCGUUUACUAAAAUUGUUUAAUAUUCUUCCAGUGUGUUUGUAAUCAUAUAUUAUGAAAUGUUUCUUAAAUAAGGCAACCGUUUUUCAUCUCUUUUCAACCUUUUUCUUAUCUUUUAAUGUUUUUUAUAUGUGCUCUUUUAUUUUUCCUGAAUUCUGAGAAUUAUUCUAAAUAUAUUCUCCUAUUUUUUCUUUUGCAUGAUUUUUAUAUUCAUUAAAAUCUGUCACUUAUAUUCAUUAAUUUUUUAUAAUGUUGCCUAUAUUUAUCGAAGUCUAUCGAACUAUUUUGUACAUAUUCUUAAAAAAGUACUUAAACUCUUAAAUAAAUACUCAUAUUUCUAGUUUUCAGUAAAUGUCUAACAGUCCAUUUCAUCUUAACUAAAUCUUUUUAUAUUAUUUAUUAUUUUUGAUCUACUGCCAACGAAUAAUACUCAAAUCUUUUUAUAUUAUUUUAUGUAAAUAUUUCUACAAAUCUUAUGUACAUAUUGCCUUUUUGUGUAAUAUUUGUUUAAAAUAUUAUCUAUGAGUAUGUUUGUUUCUUUGGAAAGGAUCUAGCUAUAUCUGCUUUCUUAUUUAUUAACUCACAAAUAAAUGAUUAUUUUAGAUUAAGUAAAUACAUACUACAUUUCCUAAAUUCUCAUCGAAAUGCCUGUCUCAUGGUGUACCAGACAUGACGUGUUCAAUAUUUUAUUUUGUGCUUUUUAAUAUGUCUACUUUCUAGUUUAUUUUGAUAUCUCACAGUUGGUACUUAUGAUACUUCUCGUGAAUCUUCUCUCUAUUGUCCUUCUCCAAAUGAGAUUUCUGCUGUAGGUUAAUUUUUUACUUCGAACUUAAGCUCUUACUGUGGUUUUAGCAUCUUGUAUAAUAUUGUAACGUUUUGUACAAUUUAACUCAACUCUUAUUAAUGAUACUUUCGCUUCCAAACAGGUAUAAAUCUGGUAUAAAUCUAAAAUGUCCUGGAUCCUUUCAUAAGAAGUUAUACAAAUAAGACUUAAUUUUGCUAGCUCAACUUCUUUUAGGCAUAAAAAUUAUACGAUUUUUAUUAUUUAAGUUAUAUUUAUAUAUUUUUAUAAUAAUGUGAUAUCAAUUAAAUAGGUUGAAUAAAUA